CAGGACAUCACCUAAUUUGGAGUCGGAACCGCAACCGACGAAGAAGCAGCGCAACAGCAUGAGCUCCAUUUGGCUGCAGCGAAUGGCUGCCUCGAAGGCAAUAUGCAAGGCAGCAAGCGAUGGCAACAUGACCGAAUUGAGGAAGAUCCUCCUGGACGUGGACGUCAAUGUCGCUUCAGAGCCCGAUAGCAAGUACUGUGGGAAGUCUGCGUUGCAUCUCGCAUGUGAGUCGGGCAAACUCAACGUCGCCCGAUUCCUGCUCUCGCAGCCGACAUUGAACGUCAACGUGUGCACACCUUACGGCGAAACCCCUCUGUUUUUUGCAUGCCAGCACGGCCACGUCGAAAUUGUCCAGUUGUUGCUUGCCCGCCCCGAAGCGAAUGUCAACGCCUCCAACGGGAAUCAAUGGACGGCACUCCACUCCGCGUGCGAGAAUGGCUUCACCGACGUCGUCCGUCUGCUCUUUACUCGGCCCGAAUUGGCGGUUGCGGAAUUCUCGUGGCGACGCACGCCGAUGCACCUGGCAUGCCAGCAAGGCCACCUCGACAUUGUCCGCCUCCUUCUCGCGCAUCCUCACGUGUCUUGCCACAUCGACUCGAUGAACGUUUCGAACGCGACUCCUGUCCAUUUGGCCGCGAAGCGACAACACACGCCGGUCGUGGAAGCGCUGGUGUUGCAUGCAUUGCAAUCGUGGUCAUCCCCUUCCGCAUCGUCGCUCGAGUUCUGGGCCACGUUUCUCGAUCCGGCAUUUCCUCUGGCUCCCAUCGCUCGUGCCCACGCCAUCCAAGCAGCAUGGGCGGCGACAUCGAACGCCAACACGCAAUCGAGUUUUCGCCAGCGCCUUGCCGAACACUUUCCUGCAGAGAAUCACCCUGUCUUAAGUCUCGUCGUGUGGUAAAUAUCGGCUCUGGAUGGUUUGCUCACUCAUUGUGCACUCGAUCGAGUCCAUUAUUUCCA